AUGCCGCUGCCGUCAGCGUUGAGUCUGGCUCCGGUUGCCAGCGUUGAAGCCCUUGCUGGGGUGGAGAGACGCUGCACUACCGGUACCCGCUUGGCGACCCAGAAUGCUGUGAAGCUGGACAAAGACGAGGAUCUACCGAUGUACAUGAAAGAUUUCUUGGAACAGCUUAUCAGAAAGCUGAACGACCCGAACAGCAACAUCGACCCGAAGAUGAAGGAGCAGCUGAAAAUGGACAUCCAGGAGUUAAUGGAGGCGUUCGGAGCCAAAACGGCGGCUGAGCUGCCGGGCGUGAUGCUCGGUAAAAACCAAGACUUAUUCCGAGCUCUGGCCAUGGUAGCGCAUGAGUUUAAGCGCUAUGUGUCAAUCAAGAACCUAGGAGCAGUGUCAAAGCUUUUGCAAAAGGUCGUGGAAACGUCGAAAAACAAGUUCCCGGACCUGUCGCGCAUAAUCGGGAAAUACACCAAACCCUUAUUCGGCGUUAUCACAGUGCUGGGACAAGGAGUAAACCUUUACUAUUGGAUCUCUUAUUUGAUGAACUGGAAAGAUCUGACCGACGCAGAGAGAGCCAGAGCUGUGCUAAACAUCAUAGAAUCUGUGCUCUUUGCGCUGGUGGGUCUUAAAGAUCUAUAUUCUACUCUGAAAGAAGCCUUCGGUCGAAACCCAGACAAUCCCGAUACCCAAGAGGUGAGAGACGCGGUGCAGAAUCUCCAAGAUGGAAUAAUGCCCGAAGGAGAGCUACGCCUUGAGGUGCCAGAUCCCGCGAAUCCAGACACCACGAUUGAUGUGGUAAAUGUCGAGGAGCUCGCCGAAGUAAACACCGAACAUUCAGGAUCCACAAUUGAGCAGGUCGGUGAGAGCGUUUCAUCACCAGCCGCGACAGAAAAAGCAAUGGCACGGUUCAGUUGGAGCGCGGCGCAGGAAGUCGUCAUAGGGGGAAUCAAUGCUGCAGCCAACAUCGCCAGUAUGAUAUGCCUAGGAUUCCAGGUCGCCGAAGAGAUUCAACAGGGGAACUACCCGACGGCGCUCAUUGUCCUCGACAUUGCCAACAUGUGCGCGCUUGGGGCCCAGGUCAUCUUCGGCGUUGCGGAAACGGUCAUGGCGAUUUUCAGCAUUGAGCUUGCGUGUAUACCGUUCUUAGGGGCCGUUGCUGCCGCCAUUGGUGUCAUCAUCAUGAUUAUCUCAAUGAUCUGGCCACGGCCACCUCCGGAGAAUCCAAUAGUCACCUGGGCGAACAAGAACUUUGGCUUCAUUGACAAUGACCUGGACGACAAACCUGUUCCAGCGCUAACCUACGACGUCUCGCCAACUCAGAUACCUCAGAGUCAACGGCCCAUUGUGUCUCUUACUAUCAGUAAUAACACGGGCUCAGAGCAGUUCGUGAAGCAAAUCCAGCUCAGGUUCGAAGCAUCUGCGCAGAAAACAGCCCUGUUCAAGAAGCCUACGCCCAAAAAUAAGGACAAACCAGCAGUAGAUCCGAUCACGGGCGAUAUAUUUGGCUCAGACUCGAAGUUUGCAAGCCUUAUUCCAGGAGUGCCUGAUCCAUCGACAAAUUUAAUGGCAUGCCGCAUCUCGCCGGAUCCAAAGAAAAACCCGAAGGACGAGAAAGUGGGACUGAAACAUGGAGAAAGUCUUAUAUUCACACUUCAAGGGUCAACGAACAGUCAGGCUGGUACGGCCAGUCUUACGGUCACUGAGAUCUUACAGGGCACUGCGGAUCAUAUUCCUGAUACUGAUGUCUGGAAGGUUUAUAAGGUUCGAGUUGUCUGA